CAUCCCGGUACUUCCAACAUGGCAGGCAGUAAGUUGGUGUUAGAAGGCAGAGUGAGUAUAAAAAGCUUUCUUUUAGGCCUCAGCGUCGUUCUCAUCCCGCUCAUUCGGACCUGGUUCGGACACCUGGACUGGGUCUUUGAUUAUCUGACAGAAACUCCCGGGAAAAUUGCAAUUUGUGUCCACAUUGCGGCGAUUAACGGCCUUUUGCUUGUCAUAUACAGAGGACCAGUGUAUAAGGUUGCUGUGAGAGCCUGCUUCCUGGGAGUUACGUUUGGCUGUGGCCUAAUCAUUAGCUUCUCUGACACCACUUGGACACAUUUUGGCUGGUACAUGUGCUCCCUUUCGUUCUUCCAUUACUCUGAAUACCUGGUGACCGCCGUCAUCAACCCUCGCAGCCUGUCGCUGGACUCGUUCCUGCUCAACCACAGCCUGGAGUACACGCUGGCCGCCAUGUCGUCAUGGCUGGAGUUCACCGUGGAGAAGCUCACUGUUCCAGAGCUGAAGCAUCUAAACUGGGUCAGCUUGGUUGGACUAAUCAUGGUGCUGUGUGGCGAGGGCCUGCGGAAGGCUGCCAUGUUGACGGCCGGCUCCAACUUUAACCACAUUGUCCAGAAUGAGAAAGCCCAGAGCCACGUUCUGGUCACCAGCGGGGUCUACGCCUACUUCAGACACCCGUCCUACGUAGGCUGGUUCUACUGGAGCAUAGGAACUCAGAUCAUGCUGUGCAACCCGGUCUGCAUCCUGGGCUACACGAUAGCCAGCUGGCGCUUCUUCCGGGAGCGGAUAGAGGAGGAGGAGCUCUCGCUCAUCCAUUUCUUUGCUGAGGACUACGUGGAGUACAAGAGGAAGGUCCCCACCGGGCUGCCCUUCAUCUCUGGCAUCCGGGUCAACUAGUCCCCCUAGACCUGGACACCAACCCCAACAGACUGCAAGCUCCAUAGCAGGUCAGACCUGGUGGCGACGUGUGGUCUGCUGCAGCAGCUGCCGCCCCCUCAAGGUGAAGUCCCGGCCCCCGGCUGAGAGCCUGCAGCGCCAGCAGAGGCAGAGUGACGGCAGCUGGGCUGCUGUUUUUCUACCAACAUCCAGUGUAUGAACAGAGAACCUCGGCUGUACACACAUUCCCACUCUCGCCUGUUUCUGUCUGCAUGCUGUCACCACGGCGAUAGGUUUCCACUCAUCUGCUGGCUGCUUUGCCUGGACCCUUCAGCAUCACAUGCCAGAGUUGACUUCAUGUAUUAGAGAUGUUUCACAGAAAAUGAACAACAUUAUGUGGAGGGACACACUAAAGGCUUUUCCCAGUCAGAAGCAUUUAAAUGGAGGAUGUGUUGAUGCAGAGUCUAAAUCUUCUACUGCUUUUUUUCUACAUCUACUGCUUACUUACUUACCAUAAAAUCAAUAUCCAUAUUUAUUCCUGACCCCACUCUCUUAAGGUCGUAAAACACGUGACAUGUUCUGUCACCUGGUUAGCAUCAAAAUGGGAAUAUUUCUAUAAAAGCCAUGUUUUCUCAUGUGCACUUUCUCAUUUUGAGCAUCUUGUUCUACGUCUGCAGAAACAAUGAAACCUUCUCUCCAGAAAGGAGAACCAGGUCCAGAUACCAACCACAGACAGUUUGUGGUUGGUAUCUGGACCUGGUUCUGACAGUCUGGCUGGGAGGAGGUAGAAGAUAGUCACCCUCUCCUGUGAUCACCUCCUGCUUUUCUUUCAUCUCCUGAUAUUUUCUAGACAGAGAGAUGAAUUAAAAUAAGAACUGCCUGAAGCAGGGAUAGAAAAGGAACCAGCAGGAGAAAAUUGACCUCCACUUUUGAGAGGCCUAAAUGUAAAUGUUUCUGUAGAUUUUUACUUCUUUUUUCUCUCUCAAUGAGACACGCCGCAAUAUCACAUUACAUGUGCUGUUUAGCUGAGCAGGUGUCCUUUGAUAUUUGAAACAUUACGCAACAUAGGACACCUGAACUUUGUUUUUUUUCUCUAAAACUGUAGAAGAGCGUAGCGUGGUGAGCCUCUGGUUCUGUUCUGUAAUGGGUGAAGCUGUAAGUGUGGCAGAGUUGGGUCUGGGGAAUCUUCUGGUGCUCAGGGUUUUGCUUUGGUAGUGGCUGCUUUUUCAUCCAUUUUGUUUUCCAGAUGUGUGCUCAUCUUGUGGUGUCCCCUCGCGUUCGUUAGCAUCACUUAGCAUCAUUUGGAGUCACCAGGCAUGAUGACUUGUCAUACUGUUUAAUAUUUAAGCAGGUUUGUUUUUUUUGUUUUUAAAUCAAUGAUUUAUAACAACUGUAGCACAAACUCGGACGUCCUCUAAGAACUCCUAGAUCCUCAUGUUGGAAGCGCAGUGAGUUCCAAAGUUGUCCCAAUAAUUCUCACACAUUUCCAUGAAUAACUUGCGCAUCUCUGUACAAACCACAAACAGACCAAAGUAUUAUGCGGAAGAUGUUUAGAUGUGUGCGUGGCGCAUCGCAGUGGGAAGGAAUGUUGCGGUCAGGACAUUGCACUGAAGUCUUGAUCUCCACACUUUGUGUUUCAUAAUAAAGUCUUCCCUUCACGGUUUAUAAUUCUGAAACCGCGACUAUAUUAAAGGACGGAUGGGGCCACUCUGAGGCGUCCCACUGGUAGAAGGUCUACUGUGACUCCGGUGGGGACGCAUUGCCACGUGGUCCUGCUAAACCAGUUGAAUUUCAGCUGUCAGGUAUGCAGUGGCGCCCAGAGGGGGUCAUGACCCCUGUUGAAAAAUGCUGCCUCCCAAAAAAAAUCAUGUUCAAUACAUACAAAGGUUUACGGGCCAUCUUCUUCAAUCAAGUAUGUUCCAAUUCAAUAAAACAUAUAUAUAUAUAUCCAUGAUUGAAACCAAGUGUAUGCCCUUGUCAUUCUUCUGAGUUUAAUAUAGAAAUAAUUUGGUCAAAAAUCUUACCUUGACUGCUGCUACUGAAACUUUAUAUUUCAUAUCACAUUACAUGCUCUGAAAGCUCACUGACAGGUUGUUGUGCUGAUUACACACGUUAAUCAGUUAUCUAAUAGUCAAGUGGCAAUAGCUUUCUGUUCCAUCGGUCCUCUGGCUUUGAUCAAAACAAAACACGUGUCAUGAAAUAUCAACUGAAUACGUAAACAUGUCACAUAAUCAUUUGAAAGGUGCUGAAUUCCCCUUAUUACAUUAAAUGUUUCAUAUUUUUAUUGAAUUGGAACAAACAUAACACAGUUCAAUGAUUUGAAUACUAGUAGAGGCCCAAACUCCGCCUGUUGGCAAUGUUUUCAGCACCUACAGUUAGUCUCAGCUACUGUUUUAGUAGAUUGGACCUGCAAAUCCCAUCAGAGUUUGAUCAUUUAUUUCCGUCAGUCCCUCUGCAGCGCCUGCUCUGACGUCGACUGCAGAGACGACUCAUUCCCACCACAUUCAACAAGACAAAACUCCAAACCUUUGGUCUAAAUUUGAAUAACAGCUCAGUAAAGGUGACGUUUCUGUUUAUCUUUUAAUGUGACACAUGUAGCUUCUCGACAAAGGACCUUGUGGGAGAUUUCUGGUAAAUGAUUAAAAGUUGUGGGCACAUACACAGAUUUUAUGCUGCAUUUUACCUGCAUGGAGAACCUGUACGGCAGGUUUUCCACUCUGACUGAAAGCUGUUGACUGCGUUUAUUCAGCACUGCUUGUAUGAAAUAAAGUUGAGGGUAUUAUCUAAA